AUGAGAAUAGUUGAACUAUCUGUAGGGCUAAAGUUUACUUCAAUAGAUAUUUUCAAGCAAGCCAUUGUUGCAUACUCAAUCCAACAACAAAAGGAUUUAGUGUACAUGAAGAAUGAUAAAAGGUUCAUAAGUAUUGGUUGUGCAAAUUGUAGAUGGGAACUAACUUCUGGACCUGACAUUGAUGAUACCACAGGGUGGCAAAUUAAGUCACUUCAACCUCUACAUGAAAGAUGCACAAGAACAUUUCACAACAGAUUGAUAACUGUGAAUUGGUUGGUAAAUGAGUACCUGGACAAGAUACUAAGAAACCCUUUAAUGAAGGCACAAGAGAUGAAGGAUGACAUGAGAGCGAGAUAUGAUAUAAUUGUAGGAAUAAGGCAAUGUCAAAGGGCUAAAUGCAAGGCAUUAAAUGCUGUUGUUUCCCUCAUGAAGAAGCAAUAUGGAAUUCUUAAACCAUACUUGGUAGAGUUGGUAAAGUCCAACCCAGGCACAACAUGUGUAUUGAAGACGUGUGAGGGAGAACCUAACCAGCCAAGACAAUUUCUGAAAUUUUAUGUUUGCUUUGCCUCUUUGAAAAAAAGUUUCAAGGAAAAUUGUAGGCCUAUCAUAGGGGUUGAUGGUUGUUUCCUUAAGCAUGCAUGUGGAGGACAACUAUUGUGUGCUGUUGGUAGGGACGGGAACAACCAAAUGUUUCCAAUUGGAUGGGCAAUUGUUGGUAGAGAGACUAAAGAAAGCUGGGAGUGGUUCCUAAGGUUGAUAUGUGAAGAUCUACAGAUGGACGAUGGGGAAGGAUGGACUGUCAUUUCAGACCAGCAAAAGGGUCUGGUUGAUGCAAUUCACAGGUUAUGGCCUCAAAUUGAGCAUAGACAAUGUGCUCGACACAUCUUCUCAAAUUGGAGGAAAAAACACAAGGGAAAGGAGUUGGAAAAACAAUUUUGGAAGUGUGUGAAGGCUACCAGCAUUGGUGAGUAUGAGACUCACAUUGCUAAGCUUAAAGCAAAUGUCUGA